CCUCUACGGCCUGGCUCUGGCGGCCCCGGCGCUCCGGGCCCUGGUUCCCACGGAGGGUGACCAGUGGGAAGGAGUUCUUCAGCGGCCCCGCCCGUGGGGCACGGGAGAGGCCGCAGACCCGGCAGCCUGAUCUUCGUGGGGAGAGGCCUCCGAGCUGCGGCCUAGGGGGCGAGCACACUGAAAGGCCGAAGGAAGUAGUUGAUUAUGUACCAGUACUCAACGUGUGUGAAGCCUGUGGCCGCGCAAGUCCCCUCUUUGGUGUGUGUGCAGAUCCUGUGCCUGUGUCACGCAGAAGACAGGUACAAGGAUGUUCACAGCAGCAUUAAACGCCUCAAACUGGAUGCAACACAGAAGUCCAUCGGUUGACGUGGAAGUGGUGGAGAGCGAGGCUGUGUCUGUAGUGCAGCACUGGCUGAAGAAGACUGAAGAAGAGGCUUCCAAGGACAUAAAGGAGAAGAUGUCCGCCAGCUGCCCUCCUUCGCACGGCCAAGACGUGCACGUGACCAGAGAUGUGGUGAAGCACCACCUCUCAAAGUCUGAUUUGUUAAAAAGCCAGAGUCAGGAGGUCCUGGAGGAAAGAACAAGGAUCCAGUUCAUAAGAUGGAGCCACACCCGCAUCUUCCAAGUGCCCAGUGAGGUGAGAAAUGACGUCAUGCGAGAUCGGAUAGAGCAGGUGAGACGCAGCUUGUGCCAUCUUUCGGAUGAGACAUCUCAGGAGCUUCAUGACAGAAAUUCCUGUUCAGACUGCUGAGAGCGACAGGUUGAUGUCCUUCAGGGUCAAGGGGCAGCCUGUGUUGGAAGGACGUCCACCCCUCCUUGACCGGAGGAGCAACCACCCUGGGCAGAGAGAAUCCAGCGGGCGAGCCCUUCCUCGUGACAGUGGCAGCACUGGAGUCUUCCUGCUGAACUGCUGAUAAA